AUGUCGCACUUCAAACUGCUGCAACAGUUCAAGCCCGACUACUCGCCCAGCGAAUUCACCGAAUAUGAGUCUCAACGUACCGGCAUGCGGGUGGUUGUUAUCGACCAAAAGGGCCCCAAGGUCAAUGGGUACUUCGUGCUGGCCACUGAGAUCCAUGAUGACUCUGGAGCUCCCCACACUCUCGAGCAUCUGUGCUUCAUGGGCUCUCGAAACUACCGAUACAAGGGUUUCUUAGACAAGUUGGCUACUCGGGUCUACUCAAGCACCAAUGCAUGGACUGCGACUGACCACACAGCAUACACCCUUGACGCAGCAGGCUGGGAAGGAUUUGCUCGUAUCUUGCCGGUCUACUUGGAACACGUCAUUGCUCCAACCCUGACAGAUGAAGGCUGCUAUACUGAAGUGCACCACAUCGAUGGUGCUGGAAAUGAUGCUGGUGUCGUUUAUUCAGAGAUGCAGGGAGUUCAAAAUAAUGCUGCUGAGCUGAUUGAUCUGGCGGCUCGUCGCUUGACCUAUCCUCCAGGAAAUGGUUUCCGCUACGAGACUGGCGGCAUGAUGGAACAACUCCGAGUUUUGACUGCAGAGAGGAUUCGUGAGUUCCAUAGGGAGAUGUAUCAGCCCAAGAAUUUGUGCCUGGUGAUCACUGGUGAAGUGGAUCAAACAAACAUGCUGGAUAUCUUAGACAAGUUUGAAGAUACUAUCUUAGAUGUCAUACCUAGCCCGGAGGCCCCUUUCAAGCGGCCUUGGGUGGACUCUAUUCAAACACCGGCUCUGAAAAAGUCUGUUAUCGAGAAGAUUGAAUUCCCCGAGGAAGACGAGUCAUUUGGUGAAAUUGAGAUCCGAUUCUUGGGUCCAGACUGUAAUGAUCCAGUUCAAUCGGGGGCUUUGAAUGUGGUUCUACUAUACCUGGCUGGUUCAUCUGCGUCUUUAUUGGAAAACGUCCUUGUUGAAAAGGAGCAGGUUACCAGCGCAGUCUAUUAUUCAACCGAAGAGCACCCCAACAUUGAAAUCCGAUUCACAUUGACCAGUGUUGAGACGGCGAAGCUGGAGAAGGUCGAGAAGCGCUUUUUCGAGGUUCUGAAAGAUGCCAUGAACAAGGACAUCGACAUGAAGUAUGUGCAAGAAUGCAUUGAGCGUCAGCGUCGCACCUGGAAGUUCUCCACUGAGAACUCCGCUUCAUCAUUCGCAGAGUAUGUUAUUACGGACUUCCUAUUCGGUAAGCGAGAUGGCUCUACCAUGCGAGACGUUGCAUCCUUGCGGGAGUACGAUGUGCUUGAAAAGUGGACACAAGAUGACUGGCGCGGCUUCAUUAACAAGUGGAUCGCCGAUGCCCACCACGUUACUAUUUUGGGUGUCCCAUCUAAAAGUUUGUCUGAAAAGCUCAAGACAGAUGAAGAGACCCGAGUCGCUGCCCAGAAGGAACGUCUUGGCGAAAAGGGCUUGAAAGAGCUCGCCGACAAGCUUGAGAAGGCCAAGGCAGAGAAUGACAAGGAAAUUCCCCAGCAUAUCCUUGCUGAGUUCCGUAUCCCCGGUGCCGAGUCUAUUCAUUUCAUGGAUACAGUGACUGCACGUUCAGGUGCCGCUUUGAAACUUGGCCAUCCCGAUCAUGCAAUUCAAAAGAUCAUCGACGGCGAUGCCCAAAGAGCCGAUAUUUCUGCGUUUAUCCACUUCGAGCAUAUUCCCAGCAGCUUUGUCCAGCUUUCCGUCCUCCUUUCCGCUCAAUCAGUACCUAUCCAGCUGCGUCCCCUUUUGUCCAUCUUCACCGAGGCAUACUUUAACAUUCCGGUGCAGCGUGGUGGCAAGACCAUCGACUUUGAGCAGGUAGUUGUAGAACUGGAGAAGGACACUGUCGGCUAUGGAAUGGAGAAUGCUCGAGCUCUUGGAAACUCCGAGAUGCUUCGUGUGACCUUCCAGGUCGAGAAGGAGAAGUACGAAACAGCCAUUGCUUGGAUCCAAGAGCUGACUUGGAGCUCCAUUUUCGACGUGGAGAGACUGCGUGCUAUCACCACUCGCUUACUUGCCGACGUGCCCGAUUCCAAGCGCAGUGGUGACGAUAUGCUUGGUGCCGUGCACAUCAUGGUCAAUUAUGCCCAGGAAUCAAUCUCCCGUGCUCGGUCUACUCUCGUCAAGGCCCGCUAUCUCAAGCGCGUUAAGAAGCUGCUCGCGGAAAAGCCAGAGGAGAUCGUCAACCGCAUGGAAGAGAUCCGAAACUCCCUCUUCCAACCCGACAAUGUCCGCAUUGUCGUAAUUGCAGACCUUGAGAAGCUCCCCAACCCAGUUUCUGCCUGGAAGCCUUUCUUCGAUCGUCUUGGUAAAAGCGACGCUCUCAAGCCCAUCACCGACCGCCGUGCCCUCCUCAGCGAUGCUGGUAAGAACAUCGGUGGUAACGCGUACAUUGUGCCCAUGCCCACCGUGGACUCGUCUUUCGCCUACGCUUCUGGCCGUGGCCUCGAUUCCUACGACCACCCCAAGCUCCCAGCCCUGCUAGUCGCCAUUGCGUACAUGAAUGCCGUCGAGGGCCCUCUCUGGGUCGCAGUUCGCGGGAAAGGUCUGGCCUACGGUGUCAACUUCUCCCACAACAUCGACACCGGCUUCGUCAACUUCGACGUCUACCGUUCUCCCAAUGCGCACAAGGCUUUCGAGGCUAGCAAGCAGAUUGUUGAGGACCACCUGUCUGGUGCUUCGCCUUUCGAUCCGCUCAUGUUGGAGGGUGCUAUUAGCAGCAUUGUGGUCGGUUAUGCCAACGAGCAGAUGACGGCUGUCAGCGCGGCCCAGGGCAGCUUCAUUCGGCAGGUUAUACGUAACUUGCCAUCGGAUUACAAGGAGAAGAUGCUGAAGCGCGUUCGUGAUAUCGGUGUUGAGGAUGUUAAGGCCAACCUUGUUGUCACAUGUGGUACUGUUCUGGAGGAGCCACUCAAGACAGGCUUCGAGAGCGUUGGGUUCAAACCUGUCGUUCAGCCUCUGAAGGAAUUCGAGGACGAUUAUGGACUGAAACUUGGCGAUGAUGCCGAAGACGAGGAUGACGAGGAUGAUGAUGAGGAUGAAGAAGAUGACGAGGAGGAGGACGACGAUGAUGACGAGGAUGACGAAGACGACAUGAAAGACUAG